CGACAUUAAAUUCAUAUAUAUCUUUCCAGCACUGCCAAAUAUUUUUUGGUAUGGACUACAUAAAUAUCAAAUAAUUUUUAGCAAUUGGUGCGGUUGGAUCGAUCCAACGGCGUGGGUAACCAGCAUCCAACGGCCCAGAAUCCACGGCGGACUCUAUAUAAACCUCCUCGUCUUCAUCUCUGAAGCCACCGUCUUGGUUCUCUUCCUCACUUCCUCUCCUCUGCCCGACCUCUCGCAUCUCGAGGAGAAGCGAGAAUGGCGCCGCACUCCCCCGCCGUGAAGCACCCUUCCAGGGCUCCGGCGAUCGCCGGGCCACGCAUCGGGAAGGCGGCGGCGCCGGCGCCGGCGCAGGCGCAGGCGCGGAAGAUCAGGAUCGUGCACGUGCUGGCGCCGGAGGUGAUCAAGACGGACGCCCGCCACUUCCGCGAGCUCGUGCAGCGGCUCACGGGAAUGCCCAAGGGCGGCGGCGGGGGCGCGUCGUCUUCUUCCUCGACUCCGGCGUCGUCGUCCGAGAGCGCCGGGGAGUCGUCGUCGUCCCUGCCCGCGGCCGGCGGCUCUCCCGACCCCGCGCCCGCCGUCGUCGCCCCACCACCGGCGGAGACCAAGGGGGAGGCGGCGGCGUCCCCGGCGGAGGAGGAAGGGCUCGCGGCGCGCGCGUUAGGGGAGGUGGAAGCAGAAUCGAACGACGCCUUCUUCCAGGGGCUCGAAGACUUCCUUCUCAACGGCGACGAGUUUUAGUUUUCUGACCGAUUAGAGGCUUUAGAGCUGCUGAGUCUGGAUUCAUUCUCUCUUCCUCAGUAGGAUUUUUGGUCCGAUUUAUGGAGACCGUCCGUCGCCCCAAUUAAUUGCCCGCUGGAUAGAUAAAACCUUGUAUCAAUGCCUUCUCCAUUUCAUUUCUCGGUCGAGUUGCAUACAUUUUGGAAAUUUGAGACAGUAGUACAUGGAGAAAUUGCCAGAUCCCUUUGAUUCUUCCUAUUGGCAUUGGCUGUUUGAUUCCGAACAUCACUUUGUUUCUUCUUUUUUCUGGGUGCAUGCAAGGAUGAGAGGGCUCUGAUCUGACACUGAACUACUUGCAGUGUCAACGAUGAAGGUGGUGUCACGAUUUAUCACGACAUCCACGCCCGCGGAACAGAAUAUAUGUACUGUCUCAGACUCUCGGUGAUCUAGCUACUCUGCUGACUGCUGCUGUUUGGUCCCAUUGAUCUGAGGUAGAAGAAGAACCAUCGUGUAACUGACAUAGCACUGAGCGGAUUGAAAACCACCGAGCCAGAGAACACCGUACAUUGUGCCACGUCACCCUCCGCGUUGGAUAGCUGCCAUCUUUCCGAUUCUUAAACGAUGCAGUGAGCUGCAUAAUAAAAUUGGCAUUUGCCUGUAGACGCCAGCUUACACACGUUGCAAGCAGCCUGAGAGCCUGGAACUGUA